CCCAGUCUCUUCUUCGGCUUUCUUUUCAUAUCAUGUCUUCUCAUACUAGUCGACUACAGCCGCAUGCUCAUCCUCCGCCGCAAACUUCCACCUGGACCUUUUCCAUUCCCGAUCGUUGGGAAUCAUUUCCAGCUUCCAAAAACUAGACCUUGGAUAGAAUAGGAACAAUGGGCGAAGUACUACAAUAAUCCUAUGACCACGAUCUGGGUGGGCCGACAUCCUCGAAUCAUUUUGCAGGAUGCGUGGGUAGCAUCCGAGCUGAUGGAGAAGAGAGCUGAUGUGUGAGUUCGAGGCCACAUUUGAUUGUUAUGGGUGACUUGAUCAAUGCAACAGAAACGAAUCAGACAACGCUAGUUUAUGGUGAUAGGUGGAGAAUACACAGAAAACUAAUGCAUUCUGCUGUGGGCUCUCAAGCAGUUCGCAACCUUCGAAGCAUCCAAGCCAACGAGUCCAAGUUACUGAUUCGAGACAUCCUUCAAGAUCCUGAAGAUUAUGUCUUGUCCAUCGAGAGAUACUCUGUCUCGACAACAUCGAUCAUUGGAUGGGGUCGCCGAAUUGACACAAAGAACGACUAUGUCGCCCAGCAAGCACUUGCGAUCAUGGAAGGGGUGAACUUUGUCAUCCCGGGGAAGUUUCUGAUGGAAGCUGUGCCAGCUUUGACGAAACUACCCUCAUGGGUGUACGCCUUACCAAGCAUGAUUCGAGACACAACAACAGUGCUUCAGCAGUAUUUCUAUAUGCUAUCUCAAGAAGGCGCAGAAUCAAAAUGGAACAACUUUUCCAAGGUUCUGCUAAACGGCCAGGAGACAUACGGCUUGAGCGAUGUUGAAGUUGCGGGGCUGACAGCGAAUCUGAUUGGUGGCCGGGUUGAUACAACUUCAAGCACCAUGAUCAGCUGCAUUCUCGCGAUGGCCGUCUUUCCGGACGUACAGAGAAAGGCACAAGCUGAAAUCGAUUCCGUCGUGGGUGACAACACCUCUCCUACCUGGGAAGAUGUUGAUGGUAAAUUGCCUUACUGUACCGCUUUGGUCAAGGAGGUACUACGAUGGAGGACAGUCACUGUUCUAGCAGGUAUUCCUCAUGCCAACACUGUCGACUUCGAGUACCGUGGAUACCGCUUCCCAGCUGGAACCAACAUUCUAGGUAACAUCUGGGCUAUACAUCGACACCCAAGAGAAUUCCCAGAACCUGAUAACUUCAGGCCUGAGAGAUUCCUUAACGGUCUGGAGCAAGCUUACCCCAACAACAAAGGCAUGAAUCCAUUUGGUUGGGGCAGACGACAAUGCAGCGGUCAACCCUUGGCGGAGCAAGGAUUACUUUACUCUUUGACAAGAUUAAUAUGGGCUUUUAACAUCAAGCCUAGUCUAGAUGAGCAUGGUAAUGAGGUCAAACUUGAUAUCUUUGCCUAUACCGAUUGUGAGAACAUGAGACCAGAACCAUUCAGAGCACGAUUCACACCACGAUCAGACAAGAUCAAACACGCAAUCAUGGAAGAAGCGAAAAUUGCAAGAGAAGAGCUCAGAGUAUACGAUGGGGAAACUAAGCUUACAUUGGAAGACGCGGUGCAAGCUUUGGCUUCAGAGAAGAAAGGGUCAAAGAAGUGACUGGUACUAAGGUGAUCAUACACUAGACAGCCAAGAUUACCAGAAGCUUCAUAAGCUUAGAAAAAUCGUGGAAAUUUGAACGCUGCCAUGUGUUUCGUUCAUGCGACUCCAACUUGAG